AUGAAAAAUAAGAUAUUUAUUUUAAUCAUAUUAUGUUUAGCUAACACAUAAGAACAAUGGGAUAUUAUAUAAAAAAGCCUUCAAGAUACUAACACAAUGGAUGCAUCUGGUUAUUUAUAUAUUAAAUUAUUUAGGCUGGUUUGUAAGGAAUAAUUAAAAUGGAUGGUUUUUUUCUACUUGCGAUGGUUUUACAUUGUUGGGAGGAUAUAACAUAUUUGGAACUAGGUCAAUAGUAUCGAAGCACUUUUCCUUACUUCCUCAUUAUAAAGUUAAAGUUACUUUAGAAUUCUGGAAGUAUUUCUUAUCUAAAAAAUUAGAAUAGAUAGUUGGGAUGAUGAAGAUUUCUAUAUAAUUGUAGAUGGUACAUUACAAUCAAAAAAAUAUUUUCCAUCUUAAGGGAUCCAAUUAUGCGGAGAUUAUUGGAAAAACGAAUGGAAAGAGGUAGUUGAACCUAUUACAAUUAUAAUGAACCAUAAUUCAGAAUCAUUAAUUAUUAUUAUAACUUCUAAUCUUAAUGAAUCUCCUAGAAAUGUAAAAUAUAAUUAAUUUUAAAGGAAAGUUGGGGAAUUAGAGAUUUUACAUUGUCAAUACUAAGAUGUCCUUCUGGCUGUUUAUAUUGCUCAGACAAUAAUUAUAAUAAUUGUUAUUAAUGGGUUGGUUUUUAAUCAUUUUGGCAUGAAUCAAUUAUAACUGAUGGAUGGAUGAAAAAUGAUAAUAUCAAACCUGCAACGUCUUAUUGUGUAAGUUUUGAUCUUGUUGGAGGAUUUCUCAAUUUAGCACCUAAUGAUAAAUUAGAAAAAAUUAUACAAAACUUGGGUUUUCAUUAUCAAAUUUAAAUAAAUGUAUAACUGUGGAAAAUUGAUACUUGGAAUAAUGAAAAUUUUGAGUUAUUGGUAGAUGAUUAAAUUUAUUAUUAAACUGUUUUAGAAACUACAGGCUUUUAUUCUAUCUGUGGAUCCACUGGAUUAGAAAAAAUAUUUAAUAUUGCAGUUACUCUAUCUCAUUCUUCAUCAUCAUGUAAAAUAACUAUGAGAACCAAUCAUAAUCCAGCAACUACAGAUGCAUAUUGGGGAAUAAGAGCAUUAAAUAUAUAUAUUGCAAACAACUGUUAUGAUGGUUGUGAUCUAUGUCUAGGUCCUUUAAAAACAGAUUGUACUGCUUGUUCAAGAGGAUGGGUUUUUUAUAAUAAUUUAUGCAUUAAUUGUAUUCAUAUAUCCUAGUAAUAGUCCCAUUUAUUCUUUUAUCAUAAAUUUAAAUUAAUCAAAUUAAAGAUCCAAAGUCAGAUGAAAGAAUUCCUAUGGAGAUAAAUCUAUUAGAAGUUAAUUAGUAAAUAGUAACUUAAGGAACCUUCACAUAGACAAUUAAUAAUAAUUUAUAAAUAUUGACUAUCCUAGUUUAUGCAAAAUGCUUUCCAAAUAAAAAAAUGAAUAGCUAUUUUAUAAAGUGCCUCUAAUGUUAAUCUUAAAAUUAGAAAUACUUUCGCAUUAUUGCUAUCCGACUAUCAAUUCUAUUCUUUAUAAUGUCAGAUUCCAAUUGUCAGAAUAAGAAUUGAUAAUUAACACAUCUAAUACAGAAUGUUCAAUUUAUUAAGUAGUAGACGUUGGAGGUGAAUUGAUUCAAAUAAAAAUAUUAGAAAUUUUAUAGCAAGAUGUUUGA